GAGAGUGGAGGAGAAAUCCCUGUUUGAUGAGGGGAGGGAGAGAUGUGAUUGUUGGGUGUCGGAGAGGAGGGGAGAGCGAUCAUAAUCAAAGAAAAAGUCGCACCGCCGAGCCAGCGAGCGCUCCUAAAACACGUGGAAGCUGGGAGAAAAGUACAAGUGUCGUCGGAGGAAAGUGACUUCGCACUUUGUUUUCUUUUUUUCUCCUUCAGCCUUCUCUUCCUUUCCCUCCUCCUCCGCCCUGCAUUCCGCGGAGCAGCUGUGCUUUAAUGCCCCUACGCACCCGAGAAGGAGAAGACGGAGAAAAGAGUGAGGAAGAAGAGACAGAAGAGGAGGUGAAGAGGCCUGGACACCACCCGUCCCCGCUCCCUGGGACUCUGUCCACUCUCCCCUCCUGGCCCUGCAUGGACGGGGAUGGGGAGAGCCGGAUGCUGUUACCGCGGGGCUGAGCGCCUCGCGUCCCCGUCUGCGGUGCGCCGCUUCCGGCCGCUGCUGCUGCUGAUCAUCGGUCUCUGCUGCGGUGCUCACAUAGGUCAGUGUCAAGUGGCUACCCCCCAGUGUCGGAUCCAGAAGUGCACCACUGACUUUGUGUCCUUGACCUCCCACCUGACGCCCGCUGUGGAUGGCUUUGACACCGAGUUCUGCAAGGCCCUGCGCGCGUACUCAGCCUGCACCCAGAGGACAGCCAAGGCCUGCCGGGGAAACCUGGUUUUCCACUCAGCCCUCCUGGGCAUCUCAGACCUCAUGAGUCAGAGGAGCUGCUCCAGAGAUGGUCCAACUCCCUCAGCGCACCCCGAGAUCCCCCUUGAGCCCUGCAACUAUCACAGCCGCACCCAGCACACCCACACACACUCCCACUCCCACUCCCACUCUCACGGCCAUGGUCACAGCCGCUCUCGGCCCGGGUACUUGUUCUGUGGGCUGUUUGGAGACCCGCAUCUGAGAACAUUUAAGGACAGCUUCCAGACCUGUAAGGUGGAGGGUGCGUGGCCUCUUAUUGAUAAUGACUAUCUGUCGGUGCAGGUCACUAAUGUUCCUGUGGUUCCUGGUUCCAGUGCAACUGCAACCAACAAGAUCACCAUCAUCUUCAAGCCUUAUGAGGGCUGCACAGACCAGAGGGUCUACCAAGCCGUCACAGACAGCCUCCCUGCUGCCUUUGAUGACGGAACGGUGAGCAGCGGAGACCCCAUCCACACCUCCUUCGGGGCUGACGGUGUGGCCGGGAAGGUCCGGGCUCUGUGGAUCUCUGAACGCAGCCCUGGGCGCCACGUAGAGCUGCAUGCUGGCUACAUUGGUGUGACUGUAAUCAUUCGCCAGCUGGGGCGCUACCUGACAUUGGCCGUGCGGAUCCCAGAGGAGCUGGCUCAGGCCUAUGAUGACACCCAGGACCUGCAGCUCUGCCUGAACGGCUGCCCCAGCAGCGAGCGCAUCGACCAGGCAGGACACCUCCCUUUGCCGCUUUCUCCACCUGCACUCGGCCUGCAGCAACAGCAGCUGCACCGGCCCAGCUACGCCUCACAGACGCAAGCAUACCCCCAUGGUGCCACACAUGUUUUUGCCAUGGACGGGGCAAAGGAGCGCUGCAGCGAGCAGCUGGAAGUCCUGGACAUCUACUUCCACUCUUGUGUGUUUGAUCUCCUGACUACUGGAGAUGCUAACUUCACAUUAGCUGCACACAGCGCCCAGAAGGACAUGGAGAGCCUUCAUCCACACCGGGACAGAUGGAGGAUAUACCCCCGCGGCUCUGCAGCUUCUUACUUCCACUCAGACUCUCAGCUUAUCAAAAAGCUCGCUCUGCUCCUGCUGUGUGCUCUGAGCGUUGUAUUCAUGUGAGAAUGGCAGUCCCUGCGAGCCUGAAUGCAUGUAGGCCCGAGUAUGUGCACUACAAAAGGAGCUUAGAGAGGAUUUGGUUAGCUGAGCACUGAUACUGAGCACUGACGCAGAAAAAAGCAGCACGGGGAAGCCUGGCAGUACUACCUGCAUUUCACCUGGCAGAGUCCGAAUCAUCGAAUGCAACUGACAAUGAGAAAAAUGUUUCCGUGUGGGUGAAUCAUCUGUAAAUAGCUAAUUUUUCUUCCUUAAGUGCACAGUGUGAUCGUGUAUAGAUUGUUUUGUUUAUGUAAUUUUAUGUGACUUUUUUUAAAAUACCUCAGUCAGAGGAGGUUUGUUUUUAACAAAAGCACUUUAUUUUAACAUUUUUUACACAAUGCCAGUCAGUGUUUGUUUUCUUUUUCACUGAAAACCAAUAACUAUUCAAGUAUUGGUUGUUCCUUUUUUUUUGUUUGAUUUUUUUUUUUGGCUCCUCUCAGAAUGAAUUGAAUUCAAAGAGCUGCCAUUGAUGCUAAAAUGAACCAUUCUUCCAGCAGCUGAUCUGGGUCAGUCAGCAUCUCAUCUAAAGUCAUUUAAUGUGAGCUUUUCUGUUGAAUGUAUUAGGUCUGUUGUUGCAGCAAACACCAUCAGUACUACUUGUUUGUUAUUUGAUCCCAGCUGUGUGUGUGUGUGUGUGUGUGUUUGCAGGAGUUUUGGAUGUUUUUUAACAGCUGAUGAAUGUUUGCUUUAUUUUAUGUGACUCACAUUAGAGUUGUUUCAGCCUCUUUGCCAACAUGUAAUGAUUUUAGUGUUUUGUUUAAUCACACUACAUAAAACAGCUUGUACUUUCCUGUAAGUAAGAACUUACCUUUCAGAACUUUCUUGGAACUUGCCAAGCACUUUCCCCAAAACUUUCCAAGCUCGAACUCAAAGUGUACUUUCUGGAACUUAUUAGGCACCUACUUUCAACUUUCCUGUAGGAUUCCAAGGAUUUACCUGAUACUUUCCUGCAAUAUUCUUGAAACCUACUGAUUACUUUCCAAGAAUUUGCAAGUUUAUUUCUGAAACUUACUUUCACAACUUAGCUAUAUUAUGAGGAGACUUCUUGGUAUUCUCCAAAUAACAUCCAGAGUAAGUUUCAGAGAGCAAGCUCUGUGAUUCUUGAGGUACUUGGUAGAUUCCUGGAAAGGAACCAGUAAUAUUAUUAAAAGUUCCAGUAAAGGCCCUAUCAUGUACCAGAGACAGACAUAUGUCACAGGAAAAUACAGACUGCAUUGCGCUGCGCUACCCGUUUUUGUUUUGAUUUUUACCAAAGACAGAUGGCAUGUUAUAUGUACACAUGAAUCAUGACUCCCCACCAAACCAGCACCUUCACCCCCCCUUUCUAAAACUUGGUACUGUAAACCAGUUAAUCCUGCAGCAAGAUGCUUCAUAUUGGGAUAAAAGUAAAAUACUGGAGGUAUUUCAAGGAUCUUCAGAUCAUGAAAUGUGUCUGUGUAAGCACUGUGAUGUGGGAAUCAAUGCCUUGUAGAAUUUUCUGCCCCAUCAAAAAUGUAACGUUCUGUAUAUUUACUCCCAGUUUGAUCCAUCAGCUUUAGUUUUAGCCAUUGUGUGAACUCCUUUCUUCAUGUGAGUGUCGGUUUGGUGAAGAGUGACUGGUCAGUGUUGAAAUUCCUUAACUUAUUUAUGAACGUAGUGUCCUGUAGAGGAUGUUAAGCUCCAUAUUCUUGAUGUUGGAUAAUUAUUUAAAUAAAAUGUCAGAUGUGAUUGUGCUGCCACCUAGUGGUACUCCCUUGCUACGUCAGUGUGUUACUAAGAGCGCUCAAAAAACUAAAAGAAAGGAAGAAACAA